CGUAUAUAUAUUAAAGCAAGAAACCCAGACCCCUUGAACCCCAGACUCUCUCUCUAUAACUCAUAAUUUAUUGGUAAUCUUUUGUUUGUUCUUGUUGGAUUGGAUUACAUGAUAUGGAGCUUCAACUUGGUCUCGCUCUUCCAAGCACUCCUCCUCCUCCUUCUCCGCCAAUCAAGGGCUUCGACUUGAACAGCUUUGUUUACGAAGCUAGGGUUUGUGGUAGUAUUAAUGACAACUACAAGAAACGCAGCUUUGCGCAAGCUUUUGAUGAUGGCGAGCACGACAAGACUAGUUCUACUACUAGUGCAACGGCCGUGCCUCGAACGCUGCCUUUGUUGCUUUGGAACAAGCAAUCUAACAACGACGGUGACGAGGAGGAGGACGACAACAACCCUAAUAAACGCCAACACUGCAACUCCCACUUUACCGUUGUCAUCAAAAAUGAUGGAGAUGGAUUGGUGGGGUGGCCGCCCAUUAAGUCAUGGAGAAAGGAGAUUUGCUUCCACCACCACCACAACAACCGUGGUGGUGGUAAUGGAACGGUGAGAAAUAUUAACGGCUGUGGUGGCGGUGGCAGAUCAGGUUCAUCAUCAAACUCAAACCAGUACUACAACAAUUCUACAUUCGUUAAGGUGAAAAUGGAGGGAGUGGGAAUAGCAAGAAAGAUUGACUUGAGCCUCCACCAAUCUUUCCAGACACUCACAGACACCUUGAUGGACAUGUUUGACAAAUGUCAGAUGGAUUCGAACAACUAUAAGCUCACUUAUCAAGACAGAGAGGGAGACUGGCUAUUAGCUCAAGAUGUUCCUUGGAGAAGUUUCAUCCGGUCGGUGCAGCGUCUGAACUUGCUUAAGAGAAGUGAUUAAUGGGAGGAGCAUUGUCAAUGGGUCAUCGAGAUUUGACUAAACAAUUUGCUCUAGCUAGUUUUAAUAGGCCCAUGAGACCUGUUGCAGAUGAUUUUUUGAACGACUGCUAUGUAUAAUAAUAUGGAAUUAUAAUAUAGAACAUCCUAAUCAGUUCAGUUGUAUAACAUAUGAAUCACCUAAAAUUUCCCCAACAAUAGUAAAAUUAAUGUUUUAUAUCU